AUGAUCGGGCGUCAAUUCUUGGAACCAAACGAAGGCGAGAACCAGAAAAAAGGGGUGAAAUUAGCUAUUGAGGCACUUGAAAAAAUUGAAGAAGAGCUAAAUGGGAAAAUCUUCUUUGGAGGGGACACGAUUGGGUUUUUGGAUUUAAUAAUGGGAUUUGUUUCAUAUGCGUUGCCCGUUUGGGAGGAUAUAGCCUCCGUGAAAAUCCUCGACCCUGUAAAAUUUCCAGGAAUAACUGCGUGGAUGGGUAACUUUAUCAAUCAUCCUGUGAUUAAGGGUGAUUAUUUGCCACCCAGGGAUGCUAUAUUCAGCUAUUUUCUUAGGAGACGUCAACAGUUAAUCCCUGUUUAUGCCUCUAUUGAUGUGGACGCGGUCUUGAGCAAACGCGGGAUAUGA